AUGGCAGCUCCUGGUCUGUCUCCCACGUGUGCUGCGUCCAUCCAGGACCCUGCCUAUAUCAAGGAGUCAGAGAUUCAUCCCUCCAGAGACCAUUCCUAUCCCCAGGAUGUGGACCUGUUUGCUUGCAGUGGCCUGGAGCCUCCUGUGCCAACCAGUGUGGGUUCUCAGGAGUCAGUGACUUUCCAGGACGUUGCUGUGGACUUUACUGAAAAGGAAUGGCCCUUGCUGGAUUCUUCACAGAGAAAACUGUAUAAAGAUGUGAUGUUGGAGAACUAUAGCAACCUUGCUUCAGUGGGGUAUCAGGUGGGCAAACCCAGCCUUAUCUCCCACUUGGAACAAGAAGAGGAGCUGAGGACAGAGGAGAGGGGACGUCACCGAGCCACAUCUCCCGAUUGGGAGACUCCAUCUAAAAGCAAAUGGUCCAUUCUCAUGGAAGACAUUUUUGGCAAGGAAACACCCCGUGGUGUGACAGUGCAGGAAAGAACACGUCUUGGGGAGAAACCCGCCGAGUACACUCACCUGUUUGAAGUCUUCAGCAUGGGCACCCACCUUACCCAGCAAAUGGGAAGGCACCCUGGCAAGAGGCCCUAUCACCGGCGGGACUGUGGGGCGGCCUUUAAGAACAGGUCACCUCUAACCCAACACGUGAGCAUUUACAAUGGGAGAAAAAUGCACGAAUGCCACCAGUGCCAAAAAGCCUUCACGACGAGUGCUUCCCUCACGCGGCACAGGAGGAUCCACACUGGGGAGAAGCCCUACGAGUGCAGCGCCUGCGGGAAAGCCUUCAAUGACCCCUCUGCCCUUCGGAGUCAUGCACGAACUCACCUCACGGAGAAGCCCUUUGACUGCAGUCAGUGUGGAAACGCCUUCCGAACCCUCUCCUCCCUGAAGAUACACAUGAGAGUUCACACCGGAGAGAGACCUUACAAGUGUGAUGAGUGUGGGAAGGCGUACGGCAGGAGCUGCCACCUCAUUGCACACAAACGGACACACACUGGAGAGCGACCGUAUGAAUGUCAUGACUGUGGGAAAGCCUUCCAGCAUCCCUCACACCUCAAAGAGCACGUCCGAAAUCACACUGGAGAGAAACCCUACGAAUGCACACAGUGUGGGAAAGCCUUCCGAUGGAAGUCGAACUUCAACUUGCACAAGAAGAACCACAUGGUAGAGAAAACGUAUGAGUGUAAAGAAUGUGGGAAAUCCUUCGGCGAUCUCUUGUCACGGAGGAAGCACAUGAGAAUUCAUAUUGUGAAGAAACCCAUCGAAUGUAGACAGUGUGGGAAGGCGUUCAGAAACCAGUCCAUCCUGAAGACGCACAUGAAUUCCCACACCGGAGAGAAGCCGUAUGGGUGUGAUCUGUGUGGGAAAGCCUUCAGUGCGAGCUCAAACCUGACCACACACAGGAAAAUACACACUCAGGAGAGACGCUAUGAAUGUGCCGUGUGCGGGAAAGUGUUUGGGGAUUACUUGUCCCGGAGGAGGCACAUGAGUACUCAUCUCGUAAAGAAACGUGUUGAGUGCAGGCAGUGUGGGAAAGCCUUCAGAAACCAGUCCACCCUCAAGACACACAUGAGAAGUCACACAGGAGAGAAGCCGUACGAGUGCGAUCACUGUGGGAAAGCCUUCAGUAUAGGCUCAAACCUGAAUGUGCACAGGAGGAUACACACCGGGGAGAAGCCCUACGAGUGCCUGGCCUGCGGGAAGGCCUUCAGCGACCACUCAUCGCUUCGCAGUCAUGUGAAAACUCACCGGGGAGAGAAGCUCUUCGUGUCUUCUGUGUGGAAAAGGCUCCAGUGA